AUUGAAGACGGCAACAGUGAAAACAAGCUUGACAUAACACCAUCAGCAGCAGCAGCAGCAGCAGCAGCAGAACAAGAACAUGAAGAGGAAGAAGAAGAAGAAGAAAAGCCUUUGACAGGCUUAGCCAGAAGAAGAAAACGAUCCUCAGCAGCCCGUGCAUUAAAAGAUAAAAUUGCUGCUGAAACGGUCGAUUUCGAAUUAAUGAAAGAUGUCCAAAUGUGGUUAAGAACCCUUAGAUUACAUAAAUAUGGUCAUGCUUUUAUUGGCUUGAACUGGAAACAAGUUAUACGUAUGUCAGAUCAACAGAUGAUUGAUGCUGGUGUAAAUACUGUUGGUGCAAGACGCAAAUUAUUAAAAGUCUUUGAAAAUGUACAAAGGCAUUGUAUUGAGCAUAAUAUUGAAUAUUAAAGCUGCCACAUAUACAACACACGACACAAACUCCAUUCAUUUUUUACAGUUUAAUGCUAUUUUUUUUUUUUAUUCUAAUUUUAAUUUAUGAUUGGGAACUACAACAGCCUCAUUUUGUACUACCCCUAGAAAAAAAAAAAAGAAAAAAAGAUUGAACUAUCAAUUAAAAAAGCAAAAAUAACUUAAAGAGUUCUUUUUUUUUUUUGGUCUUUUAUUU